AUGCCGGGUCAAGACCUCACAGAACCGGUGUUUCGCCGGCUCGAGCCUCAUUGGGACCGUGGAUUGAUCGCUGCGUCCAUAGCCGUUUCUCUGCUGGGUGCUUUUACCUCGACCCAGAUGAUGUGUCAAGCGCGGACCUCACGAUACUUGUCUGGUGUCUUGGUGUGGACAAUCCUUGGGAGCUUAACCUUUGGCUUCUGCUCCAUUUGGAGUCUUCACUUCAUAGCCAUGCUGGCUUGUGGACUGGAUUUGCGCAUUGGAUUGGAUGUUCCGUUGACCAUUCUGAGUGCGGUCCUGGCGGUUUCAUUCACCUUUGCAGCAUUGAUUUCAGAUCUUCUGCGCCAUCGAUAUCUACGGCUGGUGAAGAAAAAGAAACUCAGAUCCAAACAAGAAGCCAAAGAAGCCAGGAGGCAGGCUGCGGGAAAUUAUUCUCUGCCGGAUCAAGACGAUCAUGGAAGCAUGGAUGUCCUUCUGGGGCCGGAAACCUUAGAAGAGAGGGAUCAUAUCACUCUGCCGGAGAAUACGAACGGGACACGACGAGAUCGCCACUAUCGACGAAUUGGUCGACAUGACAGUGUUACCCUCGGCCCUCUAGAAGACCAUUUCGUUCCACGAGACGUCAGUGCUGCCAGAGGAGAGUCUGGUACUCGGUCAUCCUUUGCGCGGAGUGAAUCAGUCACUGAAGACGAUUCCUUCUCCGAUACGGAGAGUUUCCCUAGGAAUUCCAACGACGGGGAUGGAUCACGUCGGUCGUCUGCACAAUUGAACUCGGACGGCAGCAGUAUGGGCCUCCCUGGUUUCAUGAGCUUCCGAUUCCCAAAGACCACCACCUCAACGGCCACGAAUGCCAUCACGGGCAUUGCUGAACUCCUUUACAGUGGCGCCCACAUCAGGAACUUUGCCAAGGGUUGGGUAUGGUCUCUUGCGAUCAGCACAAUGCACUAUGUCGGGAUUGUUGCAUUGAAGAUACCAGAAGGUCACUUUACUCUACAACCAUUCAUUGUCCUCGUUUCGGCGUUGAUUAGUUGGCUGGUCUGUACACUUGGCUGUAUCCUCAUCCCUCAAAUCGAGGUGAAUCUCGCCCAACAACUUCUCUUCUCCGUUGUCGCCGCUGGAGGAGUGGCUGGAAUGCAUUUCACCGGCAUGUGGGCCACGACGUUUUGGUCUCGGGCAGAUCCAACACAAGAUCGUGGAUAUCCUCCCAACUUGGCCGUCGCUGUCACCAGCAUUGCUAUCGUGACCUGCAUUCUUGCUAAUGGACUCCUGGCGCAUUCUGCCACCGUGGCCCGAAACAAGUUGGCAGAAAUUGUACAAACGAAAAGAAAGUUGUGGGCGGCCAUUGCGCAAAAGGAAAAUGCAGAGGCGGCAGCUGCCGCACGGAGUGAAUUCAUUGCAUCAGCAUCUCAUGAAAUUCGCACCCCGCUCCAUCAACUGCAAGGAUAUAGCGAUUUAUUAUCGCGGACGCAGUUGAAUGAUGAAAGUCGUUUGCUACUUCUGGCGAUACAGCAAGCAACCAGAUCUCUUUCCAUGAUCACGGCGAACGUCCUUGAUUGGUCACGUUUGGAAAAGGGAGAGGCCGUAUGCCGGCCCACAAGUCUCGACCUUCGAAAAGUCUGCGAAUCGAUUGUCAAUAUUCUACCGAGCAGGGAUGAUCAAGUGACAACCGAAUUGAUGAUAGUGGUCGCUCCACAGGUACCGGCAUCGCUCUUCAUCGACGAGACUUAUCUGCAACGAAUCUUGAUGAACCUGCUCACUAAUGCCAUGAAAUUUACCCAAUCUGGCUACGUCAUUCUUCUUGUCGAAUUCAGAGACCAAGCUUUGUCCAUCACUGUCAAAGAUUCGGGGUUUGGGAUUCCGGAAUCAUUUCUCCCCCAUCUAUUUGAACCCUUCAAACAAGCGCAGACCAGAGGAGCCGAAAGGGGAACCGGUCUUGGAUUGGCCAUCAUUAGACAAUUGCUUCAAAAGAUGCAAGGAACAAUUUCUGUGGAAAGCAAAUGUCAACAGAAGGCCGAUGUGGGUCCUGAGAAUUGCGGUAGUACUUUUACAGUCACGAUUCCUGUCUCUACUUCCACUGAUGCAGCGCCGACGUUGGGUUCUCUUGGACCCAAUCGUCGGAUAGCGGUUUUUCAAACAUGCAAUAGUCGAUUUUUGGAAGGACUUCAGAUGGCCUGGAAUGCUUUUGGGUUCCAGGUGAUUCUGGCCGACCCGACCGGCGAAAUUUCCGACGCCUGGGAGUAUAUUUGGACGGAUCUCCUGUUUCUGAAAGCACAUCCAACCCUCCUCCGACGGCUACUUCAGCUCCAAGACCAAGUGGUACUAGUCACUUGCGACUCUCAAGUACUGUUGGAAAAAGCAUUCGGGACCAUUCCACUCCCACACAUUAUUCCGAUCAGGAGACCAUUCCUUUGGCAUCGGAUGGUUGAUAGCAUUGUCUCAGCCGCUGAAUCUGGCAAGUCAGCUGUUGAUCGAUCGGUGAGAUUUGCUCCUGUAGUGGACUUCCUGGACAAUUCGGAGCAAAGUCCAGUUGAGGAGACUCCGGUGCCGAGUGGGUCUACCGUCCUUUUGGUAGAAGACAACAAAAUCAAUCAGAGACUUGGAGUGAAGAUGUUGGAAACGCUCGGGUAUAAUGUGGUUGUGGCCGACGAUGGACAAGAUGCCAUCGACAAGAUUGUGCAAUAUGGUCAGGGGAUCGACCUGGUUUUGAUGGAUCAAUCUAUGCCACGCAAAGAUGGUAUUAUGGCCACGAAGCAAAUUCGAGAAAUGGAACUGCUAGCUCCACUGUCACGACGAUUGCCAAUCAUUAUGGUCACGGCGGUUGUCGGUCCAGAGGCACAAGCACUUUGUAUGGCGGCAGGAACAGACGCAUUUCUUCCCAAACCACUUGCAUUAUCGAAGCUUGAGCAUACCCUGAAGAAAUUUCUAGGACAGGAUUGA